AUGCGCGUGGCACUUAGACAAGACCCAGAAAUAGACACUUGUGAACACGUACUUCCAGAUUUAGCAUCACAGGAAGAUACGGAAGCUCGCACCAUGCUGGGAAAAUACUGGCACAAGUACGCAGGCACUGUGGCCUGCGUGUGCAAAAAUGCUACCAGGUACUUCUACGAUUUAUAG